AGCGUUUCCGGUAUAGCCGACGGAUCACAUCCUCUGUCGUCAUGUUUGCCACAGUAGCUUUCUUUCCUAGCUGGGUGGCAACGUUUGUCCGAAUUCGGUUCAUGGCAGCUCAUGAGUCUGUUGACAGUAUGCGAAUACCAACGAACACCAACGAACGGCAGUCCGUGAUGGCCUGCAGUAAGAACCUUCAGGUCACUUGCGGAAGUAACGCAUUCGGCAUACAGCUUUCCUGCAGAUGUGAUGCGAGGGGUAGACAGCUUGGUCCCAUCACUUUCCGUAUUUUCUUUUUUCCCCGUAGUCUCUCUGCACCCUCAUUUCUGGAAUCCACAUCAGACUCGGCUGAAGAUUCUGCACCAGAUUCCUCACAUCGCCGCCGUCUGCCGCCAAUCAGAGAGUACCGAGAACCUAGUCCUUCGCGUGCAUUUCUUUCCCGUGUGCUUUGUGCCUCCCUUACUGCAUCCGCGUAUCGUCGUUCCCCAUUGCUCAGGGUAUCAAUAUCUCGGUGGCGCAAGUUGAGCAGCUUCGUGAAAAGCUACAGCGCAUCAGCGAGGGUGAAGCAAAUGGCACCAUUGGUCUCUCUAAGGAAUAUCAACUGCACCGGGAUAUCGGCGUCCCCGACAACCUGGCGAAUGGUGCUGACAGCGUGCCAUCCCAUCGCAACAUGUAGCUUGGGUCCUCCGGAGUUGUUUGGCCAUAGUCUUCUCCUUCACCUUUUCCUUCUCGUUUUCCUUUUCCUUCUCCUGAGUUCUUGCUGGCGUAGCGAGCGGUCGACCGAGCGUCUUCUCAUAUAUGACUUUUGCCAUCUGAGCCUCGAUAACCGUCUGUGCGCUGAUUUUGGCUUGCUGUUCAUUCCAGUGCAAACCCUCGGAUAGGUGCCAAAGGAUCAAGGUACAUAGAUCUUCGCGUUCGGAAAUCGAAAUCUGCUUCAUCUGCUUCUUCAAUGUCCAAGAUUCAACCACCCAGGAGUAUCGGUCACCAGCAUCAGAAAUGGGGCAUUCAACUGCUUAUUCUCCAUUUCCCUUACAUCAGUGCCCCGCUUCAAAGGUGCUGCCGCAGAUGAUGCCGAUGGCGCGGCACUAUCAUCGGACACGGUCUCCACGCCAUCGUCUCCACCACCAUCAGCUGUUCUGGUCGAGGGCUUGUGUUUGCGUCUGUGCCUAUUCAGUUUGCUUUUUCCAGUGGUAAUGUCAAUUCCUGCUUCUGUGGUCGUGCGGUCUCCUCUCUUCUUCCUGGCCCAGGGUCUGCGCUUCUUUUGCU